AGGUUAUUUUGUGGGUGGGAAUAAGAACGCAAUAAAAGCCCUCGAUCGCCACACAAGAGAUGCAUCUACGACUUAUUUUAAUCAGAUAAUCAUGCAGGCACGGAUUGUUCUGGUACUUUGCUUGGCAGCUUUGGCAUGUGCAGCCCGCAUCCCUGAUGGCUCUAAAGAGCCUAACUGCUUCAUUUAUAAUCUGCCUAUGUGCACACGAGAAUAUAACCCUGUGUGUGGGACUGAUAAAAACACAUAUCCCAAUGAAUGCACAUUGUGUCUUGACAAUAUAGAGCUAAAGCAACAUGUAUUGAUCUCCAGGAAUGGUGAAUGCUGAGUUAAAAGUCUGCACGUUUCUGUCCGAGACGUAACAUGAGAGAACAUGCACGUUUACGUCCGGUUUUGUUUUACAGCAAAAUAAUUUGUUUUAAAAUUAAUUGUUUGGUGAUUGUUUUUAAAACCUUGAUCUAAUCCUUAAAUAAAGCCGUAAUUAAUUUAA